UGUCAUUGUCGAAACUCAACAAACAGUUGUGAUUAUUUCAUUGAAAUAUAAUCGUUAAGUGUAAAUUCUUCAACAUAACAGAUGUUCGUUGUAAGAAAUGUCACAAAUUGAUAUUCAGGAUUUAUUUGAUAAAAGCAGGUUUCCUAGUGGUUGGCGGCUUCUGUCAAUAUUGUUAUAUACUCCAGUGGGCAUUAUAUUUGUAUUACUACGAUUAUUAACUGCAUUGCAACUUUGGCUUCUUGCAUCACUAUUAUCCGAUUGUAAUGCUCUUAGAGUAUUCUUAAAUCAUGGGUUCAGUUUUGCCUUUGGCAUUGUGGUAAAAAUUCCUGAAGGAGAAGUUCAAAAUCAUCAAUCAAGAAUCAUAAUUGCCAAUAAUGUCUCAGUUUUGGAUCACUUUGCAUUAUACAAAAUUACACAAGCAUUAACUCCCAGUGUGUGGGAAUUAUCCACUACUCUUAGCAAUGCGCUAGGUUUACAAAUGAUGGAUAUGAGUAGUAAAGAAGCUCUAAUUACCAACAUAAAACAGUUUCUUUCAACUUCAAAGAGCAACAUUGUACUGCAACCUGAGUUCAGUACAACUAAUAGUCGUGUAGCUUUAUUGAAGUUUAAUUCAUGGCCAUUCACUAUAGAACCAUCUGUUCAGCCAAUUGCAAUCAAAGCAUGGAGACCAGAAUUCAUACCUAUUCGUGUUACUUCAUUGGCAUCUACAUGGUGGACUGAUGUCUUUUGGUUUAUGUUUGUUCCUUACACAGUCUUCACAUUUAAGUACCUGAAAGUCAAGCAAAAUACAAACAGUGAAGUACUGGCACGGGAAGUAGAAAAAGAUAUAACAAGUGUUCUUGGACUUAAGACGAGUUCUCAUACUGUAUCAGAUAAAGCAGAAUUUGAAAAGCGUUGUAUUAUGGAGAAAACACAAAGCAGAAGGCUCAGUAGAAGAAGUUCACCUAACUCACAAAUUGUACACAGCAUUGAGGUACAAAGAAUGGUACAGCAAGUUAGCGAAGUGCUUCCAUUAGUCCCUCAUAAUGUGAUUCUCAGAGAUCUAUUGAAAACACGUAAUGUUGACAUUACCAUUGCCAAUAUUCUGGAUGGCAUAGUUACUUAUACCCCAGGAUCAAGUCAGACAAGUGUUGCACCUUCAGCACCAUUUAAUCAAGUGCAAACAAGCACGGUAAAGGAUAACAGUAGCUCAGGAACUUCUUUCCAGGAAAGAAAAGCUAAAAUGAUAAGGGAAGCCAGGGAAAGGUAUAUUCAAAAACAUGGACUUAAAAAUUGCUGACACUCUUACUGCAGUUUUAUUGUGAUUAUUGUAUCUUCAUUGAACACAAGUAUGUAAUGUUUUGCUGUAUGUAUAUUUACUAUUACAUAAUAUGAAUAUAAUUUUAUU